CUGCACUGCAGAGAUCAGUGCAGAGCAAAGCUGAAUUUACCACAACUUGGCCGAACAAAAGAGAACCAUGGGCUACUUUCUCUUUUUCUCUUUAGAAACAUGGAUCCUGCUGAUCACAUUCAUCUGCUUAUUUGUCAUGUAUGGCUACUCUAGUUAUGGAAUAUUUGAGACGUUGGGGAUCCCAAGUCUCAAGCCAUACAUGUACUUCGGCACAAUUGGCAGGCUCCACAAAGUUUAUUAUCUGGAUGACACAGAGAAUCAAAAGAAGUUUGGCAAGAUAUGGGGUACUUAUGAGUUUAAGAGGCCCAUGCUGGCUGUGAUGGAACCUGACAUGCUGAAAACCAUCCUGUUGAAGGAAUGCUUCACCUACUUCACCAACAGACGGGACUUGGUUCUUAAUGGAGAUCUCUACGAUGCAGUGAGUAUUACUGAGGAUGAUGACUGGAGACGACUUCGGCACAUCCUCUCCCCUAAUUUUACCUCUGGACGACUAAAGGAGCUCUUUGGCAUCAUGAAACAUCAUUCAAACAAACUGACAGCCAUCCUGAAGACGAAGGCACACAAUAAAGAAGUUAUUACAGUUAAAGACUUCCUGGGAGGCUACAGCUUGGAUGUGAUGGCGAGCUCCAUACUCAGUGUGGAUUUGGACACUCUUAACAAACCCACAAGUCCCAUCAUCACACACGCCAGAGAGCUGUUUAGAAUUUCCAUACCUCUUUUCAUGCUCCAAGGGUGUUUUCCUAUUGUACUUCCUCUCUUGCAGCUGAUGGGUGCCUCACUGUUCUGCAAGUCUUCCACAAAGUUCUUUAAAACGUUUGUGGAGAAGGUCAGAGAAGAACGCAACAAGGACUCACAACAGAAUCCAGCAGACAUGCUACAGAAUAUGAUCAACACCCAGACUGACCAUAAACUUGGGAAAGAAAAGGAGAAUAAAAGUAUGAGUGAUCAUGAGAUCACUACUCAGGUCACCAUGUUUGUGUUUGCUGGUUAUGAGACAAGCGCCACUACUCUGGUUUUCCUCGCCUACUGUUUGGCCCAGAAUCCAGAAGUCAUGAAGCGUCUGCAGGAGGAGAUAGACACCACCUUCCCUGAUAAGGUCCUCAUUUCUUUCUCUCUUCAUUUUUCCGACCAGCACUAUUUUUCUGCUCCGUGUUACUGUUAUCUGUUAUCCCCUCUGCAGGGUCCUGUCCAGUAUGAAGCCCUGAUGCAGAUGGAGUACCUGGACUGUGUGGUCAGUGAGUGUAUGAGGCUCUACCCUCCAGCUGCCCGUCUUGAACGAGUAGCGAAAGAAACAGUUAAGAUCAAUGGGAUUAUGAUCCCAAAGGGCAUGCUUGUGAUGAUUCCAGUCUUUGCUCUGCAUCAUGACCCCACACUCUGGCCAGAACCAGAGCAGUUCCAACCUGAAAGAUUUAGUAAGGAGAACAAGGAGAACAUCAAGCCAUACUCUUACCUGCCAUUUGGGGCCGGGCCGAGGAACUGUAUUGGGAUGCGAAUGGCUCUGCUGAUGGUCAAACUGGGCUUGGUGGAAGUUUUGCAGAACUACAGCUUCGAAGUCUGUGAGGAGACAGAGAUUCCCUUGAAUAUGGACCCUGCAGGCCUUACUGGACCAUUAAAUCCAAUCAAACUGAGGGUGGUGACACGUCCCAACUAAAGCAACAUAAAAAUUAAGAGUCAAACAUUCCUCGAGAUUCAUUGAUUGUCUUGAUGUCUGACUUAAUCAGAAGGCUUCUUUAGCUACUACUGUUUGAAAACAGGAUUUGUCCUUCACUGUUACAAAACAUCCACACAUGCUAGUUCUCAAAAACAUCUUCGUUCACAUGAAAACAACAAAAAACUGUUAACAGCAUGUUAACAGUAGUCCGACCGACAAAACACCGAUGGGGCAGCACACUCACAGACAGCAACGAUGUUCUUGACGUGGAAAAUUUCACACCAUUCCACACAAUUUGUCAAAGCUGUCCCAUCAGCCUGGACUGGGUCUGGUCCAAAACUGCAGACACUGUUGGUGAGGUUUUUAUCUUCAUAGCGUUGUAUGAAGCAGCAGUGACCUCCAUAGUCCAUUCAGGUGUCUCUUAUCAGCACAAUGAGAGAGCUAUUAUAUGAGAGUCUAGGCGUGUCAUAAAUUUAGUAAGCAACGUUAACAACACAAGUUUGAUGAAAGUGAUAACGUCCCAAACCAGCAACAACAAACAGAGAAGAAACCAGCACACAGUGUAAUAUUACAAGUCAAAAACUCUGUUCUCCCCGCCUACACCUAAGUGAACACUUUUUGAGAAUCCUCAAGUUAAAAAAAAAAAAGGCAAUUAAAAAAAAAAAAAUCCUAUACUGAAAUUAUGAGAUAGUAAGUCACAAUUAUGAGAUAAAAAUCGAAAUAAUGGGAUUAAAAAAAUUGCAAUUAUGAGAUGAAAGGUCAAAAUUAUGAGAUGGUCUGUCAUAUAUAUAAGAUGAAUAAAACAAAAUUAUGAAAUUGAAUCGAAAUUAUUAAAAGUAGGUAAUAAAUAUAAGACAAAAAGGCAUAAUUAUGAGAUUAAAAAGUGAGAAUUAAGAGAUGAAAGGUCAAAAUUAUGAGAUAAAAAGUCAAAAUUAUAACACAGUAUUCCAUAUUUAUAACACAAAUAAUUUGAUAUUAUGAUAUAGCAGGUAAAAAAUAUUAAAUAAAAAGUCCAAGUUAUGAGAUGGUCAUAAAUAUUGGAUAAAAUUUCAAAAUUACGAGGUAAAAGUCAAAAAUAUAAGGUCUUAAUUAUAAGAUAAAAAGUGAGAAUUAAGAGAUAAAAAGUCAAAACUGUGAGAUAAAAAUGUUAUAUUAUGAGAAAGUAAGUCAUAACUAUGACAUAAAAAGUCAAAAUCAUAAGAUAAAAAAAAAUGAAAAGUUAUGAGAUUACGUCAUAAUAAGAAGAAAAAAGGUAAAAAUUAUAUGAUCAAAAGUUGUGAUUAAAAAGUCAAAACAGUUACCUUUUUUGUCUCAUAAUUGUGUUUUUUCUAAAUCUCAAAUCUGACUUUUGUUUUAGAAUUACCUUUCAUAAUUUUCUUAACCCCUCAAAGCCUGAAAACCCAAAUUAUAGCCAGAAAAUUCUAACUUUUUGGGACUGACAUGAUUAUUUAACUUUCUACUGAAAUCCAAAAAUGGCUGCCCAUACCUUUAGGUGUGUUUGAAAGGGCAAAACUUGCAGAAAUACCUCGCCCACGUGUGGACAAGACCUGAAUCACAGACUCUCAAAGAGACACUGAUAUGCUUAGAUUUUCCUGUUUUCAUGAUUCAAUUAAAACUAGAGAUAAAUGUACAUAGAACAAAGUAGCUGCAGAAAUAUGUUAACAUACAAAGAGUAAUGAGUGAAGGAGAAAGCCUGAGUUACUCAAUGACCGUCCAAUUCCAAGGAUUAAUAUGUUGACCAGUAAUGUUGUUUCUUUUUCCUGUUUACUACUGAACUCUGCUGCUAAAACUGUUGUGUAAAAGUGAUGUCACAUUCAGUGUUGUUCUUUUGUGCCUUAUUUUCAUUAAAAUCUAAAAAAAAAACAUGGUUAAUCACAUUUAUUAUGGAGGAACACCUGAAGAGCAUGAAGAAUAUAAUGUUUAUGUGCAAUAUGAUCAGAGGUUUUUGUAAGAUAUGUCAAACUGGACAAUACUAAACUGUUCUGAAUAGACAUCCACUGAUGACUGGCCUUUUAGUUAAUGAUCCAAAUCAGUUAUUCACCACAUUAAAUGAUGAUAUGAAAGGACAAAGCAAUUGUGACCAGUAACAGAUGAUUACAGGACAUGAAACCAUUUAAAUAAAUCUGUAUUUCUUCUAUUGUAAAUAAAUUAAUCAAAUUAUAGCAAAAUGCUUGUAUUCA